GUUACUCUUAUUUCAGUGCACAACUUGACAACAGGACUAAUAGCAGGAUCUCUUUUCAAUCUCUCAUGUGAAAAAUGCUCUUCCAACUGAGAAACACCUGUGUUUCUGCACAGAUGUGUGUGGCACUGCUGGCCUUGUGGUGUUGUCUCUGCACAUCGACAGCUAGCAUUUCUUACCCAAAAACUCUGCCAUGUGAUGUUAGUGAGUCCAACAACGGGAGUGAGGUGAAAGUGGACUGCACUGAGAGAAGCCUCAGAGGAAUCCCCCCAGGCAUCCCCAGAGACGCUACCAACCUGACGCUCACCAUCAACCAUAUUCCAAAAUUAAACUCCUCCUCCUUCCAGGGUCUGGAGAACCUGACUGAGAUUGACAUGAGGUGCAACUGUGUGCCUGUCAAAGUCGGCCCCAAAGAUCGGAUGUGCACUGAGAGUGUGACGAUAGAGGAAAACACCUUUACCAGCCUGAGGAAUCUACGCGCGCUGUAUCUAGAUGGCAAUCAGCUCAACAGUAUACCUAAAGGCCUGCCUUCAAAUCUGGUCCUGCUGAGUUUGGAAGUGAAUAACAUAUAUUAUAUUUCUAAAGCAAACCUCUCUGAGCUCAGGAAUGUUGAGAUUCUUUACCUUGGUCAAAACUGCUAUUAUCGUAACCCCUGUAAUGUGUCCUAUGAUAUCGAGAUUGGUGCAUUUUCACAGCUCGACAGUUUAACAUUCUUAUCUCUUAAAUCAAAUAACUUAUCUUUUAUUCCACACCAACUACCCACAAGUCUGAAGGAGCUGUAUCUCUACAACAAUAAUAUUCAAGAAGUCACUGAUGAGGAUUUCAAGAACUUAACUAAUCUUGAGAUUCUAGAUAUUAGUGGAAACUGUCCUCGGUGUUACAAUGCCCCUUUCCCAUGCAACCCAUGCCCAGGAAAUUCACCGCUAAAAAUCAGCAAAACAGCUUUCAAUAGGUUAACAAAACUAAAGACACUCCGCUUGCACAGCAACUCUCUGACAUAUGUGCCAUCUGAGUGGUUUACCAACACAACAGAGCUGAGAGUGCUUGAUCUCUCAUCAAACUUUUUGGCAAGAGAGAUAGGAGACACCAAAUUCCCACAUUUCCUGGGCAAAUUGGAAGAGCUGGAUCUCUCAUUUAACUAUGAGCUUCAGCGGUAUCCUCAAACACUGACACUGAGUUGCAGUUUCUCCUCCCUCAAAUCCCUUAAAAUUCUCAGACUAAAGGGUUUUGUAUUUCAGCAGCUAAAACCAGAGAGUAUUGCUCCUUUAAAACCUCUCUCAAACCUGGAGGUUCUAGAUCUGGGUACAAACUUCAUUAAAAUGACAAACCUUAGUAUUCUGAUGGAAUUAAAAAGCUUUAAAAUAAUUAGUCUGUCUGACAACAAAAUAUCUUCCCCCUCUGAUGGCCAAGAUGCUUUUGGUUUCUCUGGAGGAGAGCCCUUGUACUGGUCUCCAAUGUCAGCUGCUGCUCAGUACCAAAGUAAGGAAGUGAGAGAGAUUCAUUACUUCAGCUAUGAUGAAUAUGCACGCAGCUGCAAAUACAAAGACAAAGAACUUGGAGUUGUUGCAUCGUUUGUUAAAAGAGAAUGCAGCCAGUUUGGCAAAACCCUGGAUGUCAGUAGAAAUAACAUAUUCUUCUUGCAUUCAAGAUUUUUAAAUCUCAGAGAGCUGAGGUGCCUCAAUCUGUCUGGAAAUGCAAUGAGUCAGAGUCUGAACGGCUCUGAAUUUACCUAUCUGAGUAAUUUGCAAUAUCUGGACUUCUCCUUGAAUCGCCUGGACCUGCUCUACUCCACUGCAUUUCAAGAGCUGAAAAGUCUGGUUGUCCUGGAUAUAAGUAACAACAACCAUUAUUUUGAAUCUGAGGGCUUGACUCAUAUGCUUAAUUUCACUAGAAAUUUAAAGAAUCUCAAGAUUUUGCUGAUGAACCACAACAAAAUCUCUACUUCCACUAACACAGAGCUGGAGAGUCAAUCUCUAGAGAGGUUAGAGUUCAGGGAUAACCGGUUAGAUAUGUUGUGGCGAGAUGGUGACACCAGAUAUGUCAAUUAUUUCAAGAAAUUACUUAAUCUGACAGUCCUUGACAUCUCACAUAACAACCUCAAUUUCAUUCCAGACCAAGUGUUCAGCAGUCUGCCAGACAAGCUGUCCGAGCUGUAUAUCAAAAAUAACAAACUAAAAUCCUUUGCUUGGAAGAAACUACAACUUCUACAUUCUUUGCAAGUCUUAGAUCUCAGUGGAAAUAGUUUAGAUACUGUUCCAAUGUUAUCAGACUGUACCAAAUCUCUCAAGAAACUAAUUUUACAUAAAAACCAAAUCCUACAACUCGCACAAGAUUUCCUCAAGGAUGCUUACAACUUAAAAUAUCUAGAUCUUAGUUUUAAUCACAUACAGCACAUUGAAAAAUCCAGCUUUCCAGAUGAUGUUGUUAAUCAGAUGGACAUGCUGCUUCUGCACAAAAACAGAUUCAUGUGCGCUUGCAAUGCCACUUGGUUUGUAACAUGGCUCAACAGCACCAAGGUGACCAUCCCCAGACUGGCCACAGACGUGACCUGUGCCGCACCAGGGGCACAAAGAGGUCAUCCUGUAAUCUCAGUGGACCUUUUGGCCUGCCAGCACAACUACCUGUCAAUCAUCCUCUACACCCUCAUGACUUCCCUCGUCCUCAGCUUCCUCACCCUGUCCAUCUCCAGCCAUCUCUUCCUGUGGGACGUCUGGUACAUCUACCACUUCUGCAGGGCCAAGCUCAAAGGCUAUGACCGUCUUUACUCCCAGAGCUCUGUCUAUGAUGCCUUUGUCAUAUAUGAUAAGGAGGAUCCUGCCAUGUCAGAGUGGGUGAUGAAAGAAAUGUGCGUUCAUCUGGAGGACCACGGAGGCCAUUGUUUUAAACUGUGUCUAGAGGAACGGGACUGGAUCCCUGGAUGUCCCCUGAUUGACAACCUCUCCCAGAGCAUCCACAGGAGCAGGAGGACCUUGUUCAUUCUCACAAACAAAUAUAUUAAAAGUGGCAACUUCAAGACAGCUUUCUACAUGGCCAACCAAAGGCUGAUGGAUGAAAAAAAUGACGUUAUUGUACUGAUCUUCCUGGAGCAUGUACCUUGCAAUUCAAAGUACCUGAGACUGCGGAAAAGACUGUAUAAACGGUCUGUGCUGGAGUGGCCAACAAACCCUCAAGCCCAGCCAUACUUCUGGUUCAGCUUGAGAAGUGUAUUGGCAACUGAAAGUCACAAACAAUACAACAAUCUCUUCAAAGAGACACUGUAA